AUGGAUCAAGAUGGUAAAGUUUCGAGCAAUUACGACAACCAAAGUGAAGAGGAAGCAACUAUGGAGCUUCGAAGAGGGCCAUGGACGGUCGAUGAGGACUUCACGCUCAUCAACUAUGUCGCGCACCAUGGCGAAGGCCGUUGGAAUUCUCUUGCUCGUUGUGCCGGGCUAAAGCGAACCGGCAAGAGCUGCCGGUUGAGAUGGCUGAACUACUUACGUCCGGACGUCCGCCGAGGGAAUAUCACUCUCGAGGAACAACUCCUCAUUCUCGAACUCCACUCUCGUUGGGGAAAUAGGUGGUCGAAAAUAGCCCAACACUUGCCAGGCAGGACAGACAACGAGAUAAAGAACUACUGGCGCACGCGCGUGCAGAAGCACGCUAAGCUGCUCAAAUGCGACGUCAACAGCAAGCAAUUCAAGGACGCGAUGCGCUACCUCUGGAUGCCCCGACUCGUCGAGCGCAUCCAAGCCGCCAACCCGAACCAAACCUACAGUACAAAUUACCCCGACAUGGGCCCGGCCCAACUAAUCCAGCCCCAGCAGCCCAUGAUCGGCAGCGGGCUGGCCCACACCUACGCGUACACACCCGAUAACUCAUGCGCGGCCCCCUCGUCGGCCUCUGACCUAACCGACUGCCACAACGAUUAUCCGGUCAACAACGGUUAUUAUCAUGGCAGCAACGUGAUUAAUCUGAAUUAUGAUUCUUACUAUAAUCCUAAUCAGUCCAGCUUGACGAGCCCGGCGGGCAUUUUCAGCCCGGGGAUGGAUUUUCUCGACCAUAACGGGCCGUGGGCGGACGGUGGGGAUGGGCCCGACGGGCUGUGGAACCCUGAUGACUUGUUGCUCUUGCAGCAACAGCUCAAUGGAGAUUAA